UCUGUAGUGCGCCACAUUGUCAAUUAUAUCUAUCGCUUUGAUAAAGCAAAACCCGAAUAGCUUCGCACUGCCGCCGCUACGUGUCGUGGCACGAACGAAUUUAUCGCUGCAUUGCAGUAUCGACCGGUUCUUUUUUCCUCCGAUCUGACCUCAUACAUUCCCACACCUUUGCAUGGCGCUACUUCUCUCACACGCAUCCUCUCUUGUGCCCCUUAUCAUAAUCGUGCUGCUACCAAUAGUAGAAGCGGUGGCGGUAGUGGCGUCUUCGAUCGACACCCCCGACAGUUUUUCGCAGGACGCUUGUUGCUUCUGUACACAAGCGACGAGCGUAAACUCGCCCUACCGUUCCAAAAAAGCCGCGUCGUGAAUCGUUAAUUGUCCCUCUGAUGAGCGAGUGCUACCUAUUGCUUGCGUUGAGGAGGUAUCUUGCAGGAAAUCAGCAAAGCAAGAAUGAAAUCCGAAAGGAGCAAUGGUUAUCUAGCUUCGACCAAUGUCGCCGAACAAUCGGCUGAUUUGCCAGGAUCAACUAGUCAAGAUAAUAUAUCUACUGCAAAUUCUCUUCAAUCAUUGGAAAAACAUCGCCAUGUCACAGAAGCGGAAAAAAGUCGUCGUGAGUGUAGAGAAGAAGUUGGAAGCAAUUAGAAGAUUGGAUAGAGGAGAAAUAAUUCGCAAUGUCGCGGCCGACUAUGGUGUUGGAGAGACCACCGUGGGCGAUUGGCGUCGAAAUCGAUCUAAUUUAGAGCAAUUCGCGAUAAAAUCCGGCGGUGCGAUGACAAGUCGUAAAACGAUGAAACCGGCAGAGUAUGAUAAAGUUGACGAAGCUUUAUUUCUAUGGUUCACUCAAAUGAGAGAAAAGCGACUGGCAGUAUCAGGCCCCAUUCUACAGGCAAAGGCCAAGAUGCUUGCAAAACAGUUUCCCGAUGAAAGCGAGACUUUUACAGCAAGUUGCGGAUGGCUCGACAGGUGGAAGAAAAGACACGCUAUUCGUCAGUUAAGCAUCUGUGGCGAAAAAAUGUCAGCUGAUGAAGGUAGAUUGACUGAGUUUAAAGAAGAAUUCAAUAAGCUUGUAGCGGAAGAAGGAUACUUGCGAGAUCAAAUUUAUAACUGCGACGAGACUGGCCUAAAUUUUCGAAUAAUGCCUUCUAAGACAUUAGCCUCACGAGAAGAAGCGGUUGCUCCGGGGUAUAAAAAGAAUAAGGAAAGGGUUAGCAUUUUAGCAUGCAGUAACUCGUCCGGAACACACAAACUCCCACUAAUGUGUAUCGGGAAAUCGGCUAAACCCAGAGCGAUUAAACACAUCAAAUCGGAAGCCUUACCAGUGUACUACGCGCAUCAAAAGAGUGCUUGGAUGAGUCGCGAUCUUUUCCAAAAAUGGUUUUUCGAACAAUUCGUCCCUUCGGUUGAGAGAUUUUUGAAAAAAAAUGGUCUUCCUAGAAAAGCGAUUUUGUUACUCGACAACGCUCCAUCGCACCUGAACGAGUCGGCUCUCAGAAGUGAACACAUCAUCGUCAAAUUUUUCCCACCGAAUGUAAUUACCUCCAUUGGACAACCAAUGGAUCAAGGCGUACUCGAGACGUUUAAACGUCAUUACCGACGUUUUUUACUUCAAGAAAUUCUGGAAAAAAGCGCCGCGGGUAGUACCUUCAAAGAGUGUUUGCUUGCAAUAAACAUAAAAAGCGUUAUUUACUGGUCAGCUCAAGCUUGGGAUGCUGUCCAAAGGCACACGCUCGAAAGAUCAUGGGCAAAAAUCUUGUGUUCUAACAACCAAAGCGAUGAAGUAGCAGACGAUGUGGAUUUGCACAGCAUCAUGGAGCAGAUCCCUGGUUGUGAAAACGUCGACAGAAACGACACUGAAGAAUGGGUUUAUGGUGACGAUUGUAAACAGGAACUUACACAUGACGAAAUUGGCCAACUCGUAAAUUCUGGAGAAGAAAACGCGGACGAUAUAGAAGACAGUGAAACGGAAGAAAGUCCGCAAAUCAGCCACGAAGAAGGAUUAAAUGCGCUUGAACUAGCUCUUAAAUAUAUCGAGGAACAGCCGGAAAGUACUGCAAGUGACCUCUUAUUGAUGAAACGAUGGCGAGAUAUUGCAGCUAGAAAACGCAUGAGCAGGUUGAAACAGUGCUCUAUUACUGACUUUCUUAAGCCACGUUAGUAACUUAAGUAAUGCUUUGUACACCAAAAAUUAAUCUACGUUCGUUAAAUUUUUACUUUUAUAUGUUCAUGGGGUUAAAUUCCAUUGUAGCAUUUUAAAUAUAUAAAAAAUAAUAAAAGUUUUCGAAUUUUGUGUUUCUUCUGUGUUAUCCGAGUUUUCGCUUAUCCGAGGUACCCCCUCCCCACAUUACCUCGGAUAAAAGAGGUUCUACUGUAUACAAUAGACAAGCACAUAGGCAGAGAGGGAGGGAAGAAAGAAGAAAAGAGAUCGUAUUUACCUCCAAAUUAUUGUACAUUUUUUAUUUCCAUUUUUAUAAUUGAUGACCCUUUUUUAGUCUGUAAGAAAGAGGAAUAUAGUAAAAUAGGAAUAAGCUGAAUACUAACCAAUUAAAAUAGAAUUUUAUUAAUUGCCCACACAUCAAAACAAGUUUC